AUGGCGAAUCCUUCGCGAGGAAGACCAAGACUUUCUGGAACUGCCAAGGUCAUACGGCUUCGAUCGUCAGUUUUUGACCUCUGGAACGAGAGAAAAGUGUCCUUUGGCUUCGGGGCCGCGACAAAUAGUGAGUUCGCCGAAUUUCUUUUGCAUCGUCCAUCGGAAGAAAGCAAGAGAAAUUUGUCUGUGGAGCCAAUUCUAGAUGUAUCGGAUAAUAAUCUAGCUCAUUUGUGUCCGAUUGUAGGUUCAACUCCUUUGCAAGCCAAAAAGUGGACGAGCGAAGCGGUACAGAAACGGUUCAGCAAAAGAGCGAGACCAAUUGAUUUUGUUGAAACUUCACUGGAACAGCCCAGUCAAACCAUUGUCAUUCUAAUUCCUGGUAAUCCCUACUCAAUACUGGAGCACAACAACUCAGAUGUUAGUGACAUUGACAAUGACAUUUACAGUGACUGCUGUGAAGGGAAUGCUGAAUUUGAUUCAAGAAUAAAUAUGAUCAUUGAUGAAAUGAAUAACUCAGAUGACAGUGAGCUAUCAAMUGACAGUGAAGAAGAUGAGCUAACAUUAACAGCCUUAGAGUGUCCUGCUGGAGAAUUGACCAUGACUGCAAUUGAGGGAGUGUCAGAGGAACAAGCUGAGGAACCUUGGAGAGAAAUUGAUUUUCCUGAUCAUUAUUAUGAAGAGAUAACAAGUAACAACACUACAGCUACUACAACACCAACUGGUGAUGCUUCAGGUCCAGUUGAGCCAACCGGUGAUGCUUCAGGUCCAGUUGAGAAAAAGAAAGUGGAGGAUAACUUUAAAGACAGAUUUAAUCAGCUAACCACAACUGCCAACCUCAAGAAUAUGGUCUCCCUUUAUGAACAAGCAAGAUUUAUUGUAUCAGUUGAAAAAUUAGUUGAAUUGUCUGGAUGUGUAUGUACGCAUAUGAUUGAAGGAAAGGUAUGUGGGGCAUCUUUAACCCAUUCCACCAAGACUGUUGCUUCACGAGUAGUUAUUACAUGGAAGUGCAGCGAGGGCCACUUUGGUAAAUGGGAAUCCUCUGAAGUAUUAUCAAAGAGCAGAAAUACCAAUAUAUACCUGAUAGAUUGCUUGAUCCCCAUAGCUAUUCUCUUGCCUGGGAAUAACUAUGCCAAAUUUGAACUUUUGGCAAAAGCAAUGAACUUGAAAGUUAUUGGUAAAACGGCUUUUCUAAAUUUCCAACGCCACUGUGCUGCACCAGUUAUUUCUAACAUGUGGGUCAAGAUGAAAGAUGCAGUAUCAGAUAUUCUUAAGAGUGAUGACAACAUUUGUUUAUGUGGAGACGGGAGAAAUGAUUCUCCUGGUCACUGUGCCAGGUACUCAGUUUACAGUUUGAUGGACCACUCAUCAAAAGUGCUUGUGGACAUUGAAGUUGUGGAUAAAAGAGAGUGUGGUGGAAACUCAACCAUCAUGGAAAGGGAAGGUUUACGACGACUCCUCCAUCGGCUUAUGUCAAAACUUGCAAUUAAAGAGUUAUGCACUGAUGCUUCCUCAACAAUCAUAAAAAUGCUUCGAGAAAUGAAAGAAAGGUUCCCAGAAUUGAAAAAUUUAUGCCAUUCUCUUGAUGUCUGGCAUAAAGCCAAAAAACUUUCAAAAUCUUUGCACAAGGCUGCCAAGGUGAAGGGUUGCGAAGACCUGAAAGUUUGGGUAGAGCCAACAGUGAAUCAUUUCUGGUACUGCUGCCAAAUCGCAAAUGGUGAUGCUGAGAUCCUGAAGGUAAGACUCAUUAUUUGUUAACAAACAUUCCAGACGAGAAAUAUUAUG